UUCCAUCACUUUCAUUUCCAAUUGCAUACGACACGAUACGUGGACGGGUAUUAGUAGAAACAUUUUUCACAAAAACAGAUAGUUUUAAGAUAAACCUCGAGUUAAAGACUGCAAAAUGGUCACAAAAUAUUUAUUAACAGUUCUCGCAAUUGCUAUCAGCGGUUCAUUGGCAGAAAGCUGCCAGAAUCCCCAAGUCGAAGCUGCAUCAUUCACGAGUUUGGAUGCCACCAUCGUCACCCAUAUAGCAUAUAUUACAGAAUUUACGUUGAAAUGUGAUAACCCUCUGCCCGAAAACUACGCGCUGUACGCUGAGGUUGAAGGGAAACCAUUGACAGCGGCGCGCAUUGCCGAAAAUAGAUAUCAGGUCUCAUGGACUGAGGAACCAGCUAAGGCACGUUCUGGUGUCCACGAAGUCCUUGUCUUCGAUGAAGAGGGCUGGGCAUCCCUACGCAGAGCUCGCCGCAGUGACCCAGCUGUUAAUGUUGCCCCACUACUGGCCAUUCAAUUGCAGCAUCCCGGAAGCUACUCCGGUCCCUGGGUGAACUCUGAAGUACUUGCAACUGCUCUAUCUAUCAUUGUUGCGUACACCGCUCUCAGAAACAAAAGCAAAAUUCUAGCUUAGAUGUUAUUAUAGUUGGUUUUAAUAUAUUUAAAUUAAAUCUAUAAAUUU